CACCCCGUGCACACUCUUCUGUAUAAUUCAUCAUAUUGUAUUGUAUCUACAGGCAGUGAACCCCUUGAGCACGGGGCCCGCGCCUGGCUUGUUCUCCGCCGAGUCUCCAGCACCUAGGACAGGGCCUGGCACGAAGUAGGUGCACAGUGAGUAGUGAAUACUGGAGUGAAUAGAUGCAAGAGGGCUGGUGUCUUUUGGAAAGCAGCGCUCAGUGGCUGAGAACUCCUGGGUUCCCUGCUGGGCAAGGGUUAGGCGUACAUUUGCCAGGGUGUUAAAGAAGGAACGCAGGGUUCAAAUCCCAACUCCACUUAGCCUCCCCCACACUGCGGCGGCGCCGCGCCUUUUUUCCGACCCAACUGAGCCGGAAGCGGAGGCGCGGGCUUCCCAUGAUGCCCCGCGAGACCUUUAUUCUAACCGCAAGGAGUAGCCGUAGGGAGGUCGUGAUGGCGGCGCCGGAGUCGGAGGUUCUGUCCCCAGCCGCAGUCCCUGAUUUGGAGUGGUAUGAGAAGUCCGAAGAAACUCACGCCUCCCAGAUAGAACUACUUGAGACAGGCUCUACGCAGGAACCUCUCAACCCUUCGGAGUCCUUUUGCCCAAGAGACUGCAUGGUACCAGUGGUGUUUCCUGGGCCUGUGAGCCAGGAAGGCUGCUGUCAGUUUACUUGUGAACUUCUAAAGCAUAUCAUGUACCAACGCCAGCAACUCCCUCUGCCCUAUGAACAGCUUAAGCACUUUUACCGAAAACCUUCUCCCCAGGCAGAGGAGAUGCUGAAGAAGAAAUCUUGGGCCACCACUGAGGUGAGCAGCAGGAAAUGCCAACAAGCCCUGGCAGAACUGGAGAGUGUCCUCAGCCACCUGGAGGACUUCUUUGCACGGACACUAGUACCGCGAGUGCUGAUUCUCCUUGGGGGCAAUGCCCUAAGUCCCAAGGAGUUCUAUGAACUCGACUUGUCUCUGCUGGCCCCCUACAGCGUGGACCAGAGCCUGAGCACAGCAGCUUGUUUGCGCCGUCUCUUCCGAGCCAUAUUCAUGGCUGAUGCCUUUAGCGAGCUUCAGGCUCCUCCACUCAUGGGCACCAUCGUCAUGGCACAGGGACACCGUGACUGCGGAGAAGAUUGGUUUCGACCCAAGCUCAACUAUCGAGUGCCCAGCCGGGGCCACAAACUGACUGUGACCCUGUCAUGUGGCAGACCUUCCAUCCGAACCAUGGCUUGGGAAGACUACAUUUGGUUCCAGGCACCAGUGACACUUAAAGGCUUCCGCGAGUGAAUGAGUGCUUCUUAAUCCUAAAAACACAAUGGCCGAAUUAUCUUUCUCCACGUGGCACUGAAUCACCCAUCUAGUUUGGAGCUAGAGUUGCUUCCUGGUGAGAGAGGAAGCAACUCUCCUUCUGGUUGUCUGCCUCCCCUCCUCAGAUUUCCUGACAGGCUGAUGGCAAUGUGGCUGUGACUGUAAUCAUUGCUGAACAACAUCUCUUUGAAUCAAAGGUUGAUUUUCCCAGAGGGUGCUGGGUCAGGCGAUUCUGUUAGGGGUUGGAAAGCAAAGAUGGGUCCAUAGACACUCUAUGGAGGUGUCCCUUUCUGCUCUUUGCUGUGUCCUUUCAGAAUUUUUACCAGGAACAUAAUGUGGAUGUGACUUAUAAACUUAAAUAUAAAAUAAAUAGAUUCUUAUUAUA